AUGGAGAGGCUGCGUGGCGUAGCGCAGGGCAGGGCCGCACGCAGGGGCCGAGAUGCGGAAGGCGUGCAGGAGGGUGGACUUGGCCAGGAAGCGAACCCGACUGCGGCACUGCUCAAACGCCAUGUCAGUAGCUUGCAGGAGGCUCGCAAAUCGGUCGAGACCAUGAUCCAGGAGGAGGAUCGGGGGUUUCCCGAGCUCUAUGACUUGGUGGGCAUGUCGGCAGCUACCACGAUGGAGUAUGCAAUUGAUCAGAGGCCUCAGUUUCGUCUUCUCAAGAUGAUCCCACUUCCGGAGACGCUCCAUCAGAUGUAUAAAUCCAUCGAGUGCAAGUGCUUCUUGGGCCUCUUCCCCGAGAUCAACAGGGCAUGGAUUACGGUGGACAAUCAGCUUUGCUUGUGGAAUUACGAAUCCAAAGAGUACGCUAUCUGGACUGAUCAGGAUCAGAUCAUCGUCAGUGUUGGCCUUAUUCCACCCAAACGAGACGUGUUCUCGGAGGAUGUCAAGUACGUGCUGGUUCUCGCUACCCCCGUUGAAAUCGUGCUGCUCGCCGUGUGGUUCGAGGACAAUACGCCACAAGGCGAGAUUCACCUGGAGCCGACGCGCAUUGCGCUGUCUGCGGACAACGUGAACAUGGUCAAGAUCGUUGGCACAAAGCGCGGACGCAUCUUCAUGGGCGGCAGUGAUGGUUCCCUGUACGAGCUCGAGUACCAGGCCGAUGAAGGCUGGUUCAGCAAGAGGGCAAGAAAAAUCAACCACACACGCGGCAUCAUGUCGGCACUUACGUCCUACUGGUCAGCGAAGCCGGCGAUCAUCGACAUCGUGAUCGAUGAAUCGCGCAACAUUCUUUACACCCUGUCCGCUCGAGGAGCCAUCGAGGUAUACGAUCUUGGCACAGAUGGCCUCGGCUUUCAGCACGUGGCGGCGAUGAGUAAUGUGAUCGCGUCCGCGGAAACACUCUGCCCGCGGCUCAAGUUCACCCAAAUCGGCAAGGAGGCGUCGGUCAAGUCUAUCGCCGUGAUCCCGAAGAGCGAGUCCAAGUAUCUCACGCUUGUUGCGAUCACCUCGAGCGCCCUUCGUCUAUACUUUUCGGCGUUGUCACUCUCGGGCGAUGCCGCGGCGAUUCCCAGCCAGAGACCUACCAAGCUGGAGCUGAUUCACAUCCGCUUCCCGCCUGACCUGACCCAUGAGUACACCAAGGUUACUGAGGCCGGCGGCCCACUGACCCCGGUACGCCCGGCCGCCUACGAGGCCGCGGCGAGGACUCCUCGUGCUGCCGGUCGGCCCUUCGGCUUCGAUGUCGCCGCAAGGCGGCAGGCUGGCCCGCCUUACAACAUAGACACCACCUACUAUUCCCAGGGCGUUGUGCUGCUUGGACAGUCGGUCGGGGAGAGAGACGAGGUGGUCGCCAUCAAACAGACCAUCGACCAACAGCCAUCGGCCACACAGACUGGCGAUUUGAUCAUCUCCCGGCCCUUGCUGCUGGAGAAGGCGACCAAAACCGAGGUGGCGGGCAAGAUCUGGGCCAUCGACGAAAAGCCCCCGGCCGUCUUUCUGGCGGAACGGUUGCGCCUCAUUCCGACCCCUGCACCGGGCCUCACCCCAGAAGAACGCGGGGAGGAGCUGUCGCUGUGGUGCGACGAGACUGGUCAGUGGCCGAUGCUGAGGAUCGACCUGGCUGUGCAACACGCCUUGCCGCCUCGCCAUUUCUUCUUCCUCACCAACACCGCCCUUCACACACUGGUAAUGGUCAGGCCGAUCGACCAGCUUUACCGAAUCCUGGCGGAGAGCGGUGGGCAUCUCACGCACAGUAUUGAGUCGUUUGAAAUGUCGUACGGCUCGGUGGAGACUUGCGCGAUGUACCUCAUUCUCGCCACGGCCCCCAGGCAAAGGAGCUUUUGGACCCUGGGCGUUCCGAUCGAUCCCACCGUUGCCUCCUACGCCACGCAGCUGUUUUUCAACCACCCCGAGCAGCCAGAACCGGUGUCCACCUUUGUCGACCCGGUGAUGGGGCAGCUCAUCACGGACCAGCCCAUCGUCAAGUUCUCCGGAAAGCACCGCGGCCUUUCUCUCUACCUGGCUCGUCUGCUCAAGCCGCUCUGGAACCGCCUCGUCCUGGACAUCGACCGCAUCAACCAGCUCGAGCUGGCCGAUCUGAAGUCGAUGCUGCUCGCACUGCAGCAGUUCCUCGAGGACCACCCCGCUUUCGCGCCCAUUCCCGCCGACCUCCGUGCCGGCCGCAGAAAGGGCAUCGCCAGAUUGGAGCGGGAGGACAGGAUGGACGAAGAAGAGGCCAUCCCAGGCGAGACCGCAUACGCCAGGAAGGGGCUCGGCUACCAGGCCCGGUUUGCGGGCUUUGGGCAAGGUGAACCGGAGAAAUCGGCCCAGAGGCUUGAGACGGAGUCCAUCUCCAACAUGCACCUCAUGCUGCGAAGGUCGAUCGAGAUGACCGAGUUCCUGCACAUAGUCGGGGAGAACAAGUUCAUCGGCGUCUUCUCGCUCCUUCCGCAGCUCUUGCAGGACCGGCUUCAGAGGAUGAGGUUCAGCGAUAUGCUCACCACGAGCGAAGGGUUCGAACUCACGCGCGCUCUCAUCGAUGCCCUCAUGAGCGCCUACAAGGACGGCAAGGGCGACCAGGCCUCCGUCGAAGCCAUCAGCCAGAAGCUGCGCACGAGCUGCCCGACCAUCUUCCGCGAGGAAGAUCGCAUUCGACACAAGGCCGACGAGCUCCUGUACAAAGCCAAGCAGUCGCGCAACCCGCGCGAGAGGGAGGACCUGCUCGAACAGUCACUCGAGCUCUAUCGAGCGGUCGCUGUCGACCUCGUCGGAGAGCCCAACCAAGAUCAUGCCAAGCUGCGCCACGUGUGCGAAAACUACCUCUACCUCCGCUUCUACGCGGGCGUCCUGAAGCUCGCCCUGGCCUGCGCCAAGGCUGCGGAUCCGAAGGACUACGGGCUGGCCUGGUACAAGGACCACUACCCGCCGCUUGGCCAAGAGGCCGCCUCUUCGGACGACGACUCGGUCGGGGCCAAGGCCUACGAGACCCGGCUCGCGUGCUAUCACUACGUGCUGAGUGCGAUCGCCGAGCUCCUCCUCGCGCAGGCUCCUGCGUUCGAGUGCAUCCCCUUCGAGGAGCUCGAGCGUCGGCCCGCCGAUGACGCUGAGACCGUCGACAAGCGUGCGCUCGUGUUGCAGAUGGCUCUCCUCGACGAGGACGAGCUCUUCCACGAGAUGCUGUACCGGUGGUUCAUCUCGCCCGCGCACACGGUCGACCUUUCCAGCACCCUGCUCGGGGCCUGCAUUCAGCUCGACUCGCCCUUCAUCGAGGGUUUCCUCCUCAACACCAACUCGGCGUUGCUGCCCAACUACUACAUCCGAAAGGGCCAGUACGAGAAGGCGGCCUUGGCCUACCAGGAAAUGGCCUUCAACACGGAGGGGCUCGACCUGGAGCAGCGGAUCGACUACUUGUCCAAGGCCAAGAUCGCGGCCCAGAGCGCGGCUGGCCGCGGCGAGCUUUUGUCCCGGGUCAAGGAUGCGCUGGACAUUGCGCAGGUGCAAAGCAAGGUGCUGCAGGAGCUCGACGUGCUGCCUGCUGCUCGUGCCAUUACCCCCGAUGAAAAGGAGAAGCGAAUCCGAGGCCGCGAAGAGCUCAGGUUUGACGGCUUGAAGGACAUCAACACGUUGUACAACGUGUACAUCAGCCCCUUGGGCUUGUGGGAGUCGGGGCUUUAUGCGUUCAAGGUGUCGUCUCACGUCGAUGAGGCUUUGACGAAGCGCUUCUGGCGCAGCAUUGUCAACGAGGAGCUCCACAAGAUGCAAGCGACAGGGCUCAAUCUCGAGUCGCUCCGAGGCAAGAUCGUCUCUCUCGGGCAGGCCUUGGAAAGAGACGAAAACGUAUUCCCCGUGGAAUGGAUCUGUGGCUACCUGGAGGUCAUGAUGGGCAACGAUCUCAGGCAGUACGCCGACAACGACUACGGGUGGGUGCCGCGGGUGAUGAAGGAGGUCGGGUUCGGGCUGCCGGUCCUGUUCGAAAUCUACCACAACGCGCUGUACGAGGAGAACAACCCCGACUGGGCCGAGUUCGCAUCGCGGGUUGGCAGGCCGACGGCCAAGCUCGAGGCCCUCAAGGUGCAGCACUGGAUCGUGUCCGAAUGGAUGCAGGACCUCAACAACGCGAGGGACGCGCAGAGGAGGCUUCUCGUCGCUGCGGCCACCGCCUCUGGUGUCGAGGAGCGCCUCGGCGAGUAUAUCCGGGCGUUGGCCAACCAAAGGAGCGAGGACGCGCGCAAGCUCUCGCAAUCUUUUGUCGACCUGCAAACGCUGCUGGUGCGGCUCACCUACCACCGCGGCCUGUAA